CCUCGGGGAGGAGGAACCUGGUGCUGAAUGAGGCAGCGGCGCUGGAUUCGGCCGUGGAAAUAGCUGGGGCAGAAGCGCCAUCCGCGUGACCGGGAUACGCUGCGCGGCCGUAUCUCCGCUGGGGCUCAUGGCCGUGACGCUGUGAUGCGCAUAGCGGGACUGAUAGAAGACUUGGCCUGGGUCACAAAUCAUUUCAGACAAUAUGGCAGACCCCAUCCGAUGGGCCCGAUAUCGGUGGCAGCGUCUGGUAUCUGCAGAAGGCAGGGAUGGAAGCAGCAACAGCUCCUCAUGUGACAAGUGUUAUCAAUCAUCCAAAGUGCCUAACAGACAUAGAAUAGUUAUACCGUGUCUGGGACACUUUAAAGAAGAGUAUGAAAAGGUAUCAAAAUUAUAUAUGAACAACAGAAUACGAACUACGAAAUACACUUUAUUCAACUUUAUACCACGGAAUUUAUUUGAACAGUUUCACAGAGCUGCCAAUUUAUAUUUCCUAUUUUUAGUUGUCCUGAACUGGGUUCCACUGGUGGAAGCCUUCCAGAAAGAAAUUACCAUGUUACCUCUAGUAGUAGUUCUCACAAUUAUUGCAGUUAAAGAUGGCCUUGAGGAUUACUCAAAAUACAAACUAGAUAAGCAGAUAAACAACUUAUUAACUAAAGUAUAUAGCAGGAAAGAGAAGAAAUACAUAGAUCAGUGCUGGAAAGAUGUUAAUGUUGGGGACUUCAUUCGACUUUCAUGUAAUGAAAUAAUUCCUGCUGAUAUGGUGGUGUUAUACUCUACUGAUCCAGAUGGGAUCUGUCACAUUGAAACAGCCAGCCUUGAUGGAGAGACCAAUCUGAAGCAGAGGCAGGUGGUGAGAGGAUUUGCAGAGCAGGUUUCUGAAAUUGAUCCAGAGAAGUUUUCAAGUAGAAUAGAAUGUGAAAGUCCUAACAACGAUCUCAGUCGAUUCCGUGGCUUUGUUGAACAUUCAAACAAGGAGCGAGUGGGCCUGAGUAGAGAGAACUUGCUGUUACGAGGAUGCACAAUCAGAAACACCGAAGCCGUUGUGGGCAUUGUGGUGUAUGCAGGUCAUGAAACCAAAGCAAUGCUGAAUAACAGUGGCCCUCAUUACAAACGCAGUAAAUUGGAAAGGAGAGUGAACAGUGAUGUCCUUUGGUGUGUUCUGCUUCUGAUUUUAAUGUGUUUAAUUGGUGCUUUGGGUCAUGGAAUUUGGUUAAGUAGCUAUUCGAAGAUGCCUCUUUUUAAUGUUCCUGAGCCCGAUGGAAAAUCCACUCCACCAGCAUUAGCAGGGUUUUAUAUGUUUUGGACAAUGAUCAUUUUAUUACAGGUCUUGAUCCCGAUUUCUCUCUAUGUUUCAAUCGAAGUUGUCAAAUUGGGACAAAUCUAUUUAAUUCAGAAUGAUAUUGACUUGUACCAUGAGAAAAGUGAUUCCACUAUUCAGUGUCGAGCGCUGAAUAUCGCUGAAGACUUAGGUCAAAUCCAGUACAUCUUCUCUGACAAGACCGGAACCCUCACUGAGAACAAAAUGGUUUUCCGGAGAUGCAGUAUUGCAGGACAGGAAUAUUGCCAUGAGGAGAAUGCCAAGAGGCUGGAAUCCUAUCAAGAGGCUGAUUCAGACAGUGAAGAUUUAAGAGAUGCUCUAUGUGGCUCAUUGAGCUGCAUGUCAAAGCAGAAGGUGCACAACUGCAAGACAGUGAGUCGGCCUUUGAACUCCAAGUCUUUGAAUCAGCUGGCUGGUAGCUGUUCUGCCUUAGGAGGGAAAGAUGGAGUCAGUAACAUUCCACACUCAAGACAUGUAGCUUUCAGCAGCCCCAUUGAAACUGAUGUUGUUCCAGACGCAAAGCUCAUGGAGAAAUUUAGUCAAAUUACCUGUCAUUCCUAUGCACAAUCAGAAGAAACUGACAGACUGCCAUCCUUGGAGACAGUAUAUAUCACUGACUUCUUUCUUGCUCUGGCAAUCUGUAAUACUGUGAUAGUUUCAGCUCCUAACCAACCACGUCAAAAGAGGAGACUAUCUUCACUAGGUAGAAUGCCUAUUAAAUCCCUUGAGGAAAUCAAACAGAUGUUCCAGAGGUUGUCAGUCCGAAAGCUGAGUUCAUCACCAGCUCCAAGUGCAAAAGAGUCAUCCUCUGAGAGCCCUAGUACUUUUGGGAGCAAACUAUCUAUUUUCAGAGUGAAGCUGGCUUCACCUGCUAUGGAAGGGGUGGCCGAAACAGUUAAUGAAGCUCAGGCUACUGAUAGCCCACAAUGCACCAAAGUACCUCCACUUGGACCAUUAGAUAGAGUGGACGUAGCUGCAGGCAGUGAGCACUCUGAUGCUGGAUCAUCUCUUGAACAAUCUAUUGCUAAGCUGUGUUAUGAGGCUGAGAGCCCUGAUGAAGCUGCACUAGUUCAUGCUGCCAAGGCUUACAAAUGCACUUUACAGUCUAGGACUCCUGAUCAAGUUACUGUAGACCUGGCUGCUUUGGGAUCUUUGACAUUUCAGCUUUUGCACAUUUUGCCUUUUGACUCAGUACGAAAAAGAAUGUCAGUAGUAGUUAGACAUCCGCUUUCCAACAAAGUGGUGGUGUACACGAAAGGUGCAGACUCGGUCAUUAUGGAUUUGUUGUGGACUGGACCUUCCGAUGAUAAAUCAGAAAUGGAACAAAAGAAAAUUAAGGAGAGAACUCAGAAACACUUAGAUGAUUAUGCCAGAAGAGGACUGCGCACAUUGUGUAUAGCUAAAAAGGUGAUGAGUGAUGCAGAAUAUGCAGAGUGGUUAAAUAGUCAUUUUUUAGCAGAAACCAGUAUUGACAAUAAGGAAGAGCUGCUGCUUGAAUCUACUAUGAAGCUUGAGACCAAGUUAACACUCCUUGGUGCCACUGGGAUUGAGGAUCGCCUGCAGGAGGGUGUUCCAGACACUAUAGAGGCACUGCGAAAAGCUGGAAUCAAAAUUUGGAUGCUGACAGGAGAUAAACAAGAGACUGCUGUCAAUAUCGCAUAUGCUUGCAGGUUAUUGGAACAAGAUGACAAAAUCUUCACCCUCAAAUCUCUAAGUAAAGACGCCUGUGCAUUGUUGAUGAACGCUAUUUUAGAAGACAUCCAAAAAAGUAUGUAUGCCCAAAAAAAUCACAACUCCAAACUUGCGAGCGUCUUUCCAGCUCCUUCCACCCAAGCUCCAGAGUUCAGUGCCAGCCUGGUUAUUGAUGGAAAGACUUUAGAAUAUGCCCUGCACGAGAGCCUGCAAAGUAUCUUCCUGGAACUCACAGAGAGGUGCCGGGCUGUGGUCUGCUGCAGAGCAACGCCCCUGCAGAAAAGUGAAGUCGUCAAACUGGUGCGAAACAGGCUGAAAGUGAUGACACUAGCUGUAGGCUGUGAUGGCAAGUGACUUUGCAAUUUCGCAGUUCAGACACCUCAGCAAGCUGCUGCUUGUCCAUGGUCACUGGUGUUACACCAGGCUGGCCAACAUGAUCCUUUAUUUUUUCUAC